AUGGCUUGUACCGACAUCGACGACAAGGCGAACACCCUUCGCUCUCUCAUUUCCCUUCUCGCUGACGCCGCAGAAGUCGUCAUCAAGGAGUGGAAGAUUGAGGCCCAAGACUCGAAGCACGAUCCGCUUCUUCCUUCAGUUGAGUUAUACCAUGCCCGACAGGAAGUUGUUGGUGCCUGCGGCAUGUUCUCCAAUCUCGUCCAAGAGCCUCAGCAUCGCUUGAUGGAGGUAUCUUUCCAGUACUUCAUUUCCAGGGCUCUACAUAUUGCUGCAAGAGCAAACCUAGCCAAAUUUAUUGCAGAAGCGGACACAGGCCUGGGGGUGGAGUUGAAGGAGAUCAGCGUAAAGAGCGGGAUCGAACAGAGCAAACUGGCACAAAUUUUCCACGUCCUUUGUUCGACUGACAUUUUCACCGAAAUCAAACCUGGCUUCUUCGCGAAUAACGAAAUUAGCCGACAGCUGACGAUUGAGCCCAUGAGAUGCGUGGCGUUAUUGCACGGCCUCUCUGUUUAUGCUGGUUCGGUCCAGCUGCCCACUGUUCUCCUCAAUUCUGUUGAAAAUGAUAAGAACAGAACCAAGCCGACUGCAUAUGAAGAGAUGCAUGGAACGACCAUAUGGGAAUAUCUUCAGCGGAGCCCAUCGAAUCUGGACGACACUGUCGAUUCCCGACGCGAGUUGGAGAUAUUUGCCCAAGCCAUGGUUGGCGCAGGGCGAGUCCAUGCGACGCCUGUAUAUGCUGGUAUGCUGGAUCUCCGUGUAAAUUUUGGCGCAAUUUUGAGCUUGCCUUUCGUCCAGAUUACCCAUGGGAAUGCCUUCAGGAUGGCACUGUUGUCGACGUUGGCGGAGGAGCUGGUAAUGGUCCUCCUGCUUCUUACCUUUCUUUCCAUCCCAACGAUAUUAUUUGCAGGUGGGAUGAGUCUCGAUCUUGCGAAGCGCUUCCCUCGCCUGCAUUUCGUUGUCCAAGACCUCCCUGCUGUUAUCCCUCAAGCGGAAGCGGUAUGGCAGCGCGAACUUCCUGACGCUGUGGCCACGAAGCGCGUGAGAUUCAUGCCCCACGACUUCUUGACAGAACAGCCAAUCAAGGGCGCUGACGUGUAUCUGAUGCGCUAUGUUCUUCACAAUUGGCGAGAUGAGCAAUGCAUCAUGAUUCUAUCAAAGCUCCGAGAUGCGAUGGGCCCUCAGUCGCGCAUCCUGGAUGUAGACCAGAUCAUGCGCACGACCGUCGGCUCGACUCAUCUCCAGCGAGCUCCGGAGCCUUUGCCGGCGAACUACGGCCAUGCACAGCUUCUCUCGCAUGCAGUCGACAUUGCCAUGCUAUCGCUCUUCAAUAGCAAAGAGCGCACCCCUGAGGAAUUUAUCUCUCUGGCGCAACAAGCUGGGUUGAGAGUAGUCAAGGUCUGGGAGUGUAGGACAAUUGUGGGUGUGACGGAGAUGAGAAGGAAUGAUGCCCCCGUAAAUUAG